GGGUUGAGAAGAAAGAGUUGAGAAGAGUGAAAGAGAGAGAAGAAGUGACAAGAGUGGAGUGUGCGUGAGAGAGUGACUGCAAAACGCUCCACCCUUGUUUCUUCUCAGAUCUUCCAUGGAACAGUACGAGAAGGUGGAGAAGAUAGGGGAGGGAACAUACGACGUCGUUUACAAGGCUUGCGACCAUGUCACCAAUGAGACCAUCGCUCUUAAGAAGAUUCGCCUCGAGCAGGAAGACGAGGGGGUUCCUAGCACUGCCAUUCGUGAGAUUUCGCUCCUCAAAGAGAUGCAGCAUAGGAACAUUGUUAGGUUGCAGGAUGUAGUGCACAGUGAGAAGCGAUUGUAUCUGGUUUUCGAGUAUCUGGACUUGGAUCUAAAGAAACACAUGGAUUCAUCUCCAGAGUUUGUGAAAGAUCCACGACAAGUAAAAAUGUUCCCCUAUCAAAUUCUCUAUGGCAUUGCUUACUGCCAUUCGCACAAAGUUCUUUAUCGAGACUUGAAACCACAGAAUUUGUUGAUCGAUCGUCGUACAAAUUCCUUAAAACUUGUAGAUUUUGGAUUGGCUAGGGCAUUUGGCAUUCCUGUCAGGACAUUUACUCAUGAGGUGGUGACAUUAUGGUAUCAGAGCAGGUUUUCUGAUCCUUUUCUACUUUGUCUUUGUUGCCGCAGGUGGCCACCGCCACCGGCGGCCCCCUCCUAAAAGUUUCUUUUUCAACCUGUGCCUUUAUACUUCAAUGGGCAAUCUCUGGUUUCUGUCUCGCAUCUGUCCGGUGUUGCUGACCGUCACCGGCCGUCGUCUCCGGCCACCGUCUCCGGCCACCGUCUCCGACCACCGUCUCUGGCCACUGUCUCCGGCACCGUCUUCGGCCACCGUUUCCGAUCGUCGUCUCCGCCACUUGUGCCACCGAUGCACCAACACCUAGUCCUACCUCUACUGCUUCCGCUAUCUUCUUCUGUAUUCUGAAAGGUCUUCAAG